AUGGCCUGGCUUGUGUUCUACGGUGGCCUCGCUGCUCUGCUGCUGGCGGCGGCAUGGACCGUUCGGACGCUGAACUGGGCGCUGUGGCAGCCUCGGCGGCUGGAGCGCAUUCUUCGAUCGCAGGGCCUCAAAGGAUCCAGCUACCGCCCCAUUAGAGGCGACGUGAAGGACAUCGUGAAGCACAAUGAGGAGGCCUGGUCCAAGCCCAUGCCUUCCCUCUCCCACGCUAUCUUCCCACGCGUUACCAGCUUCUUAAGCCGCGCCGUAGAGACCCACGGAAAGGAGAACAAGGUGACUUUCCACUGGAUGGGAUCGGUUCCCAGAGUACUGAUCGCGGAUCCUGAUCAAGCGAGGGAGAUUUUGGCCAACAAGACAGGCGAGAUCGGGAGGGGGAAGAUCAACUACAUGAUAGGAUAUCUUCUUCGAGGCGUGCUGUCACAUGACGGCGAGAAAUGGGCCAAACACCGAAAGAUCUUAAACCCAGCUUUCCAUAUAGAGAAGUUGAAGAGGAUGUUGCCUGCUUUCUCUUCUUGUUGGGAUGAGCUGGUUGACCGAUGGGAGAAGAUGGCGGAGACUGGGAAAGAGGUUGAUAUUUGGGUCGACCUCCAGAGCUUCACUGGAGAUGUCAUUUCGCGGACUGCUUUUGGUAGCAACUUUGAGGAAGGAAGGAAAAUUUUCCAGCUUCAUGAUGAGCAAUCUCUGAUCGUCAUCGGUUCUCUGUCAAAAUCACUUAUCCCAGGUUACAAGUAUCUGCCCACUAGAACAAACACUAGAGUGGAAGCGAUCGAUAAAGAGGUGCGAGAUAUUCUACUGCGUAUCAUCCGCAAGAGAGAGGAGAGCAUGAAAUCGAGUGACGCAAAGAGCGACGACCUUCUGGGCUUGUUGCUGGAGUCUAAUCUGCAACACGGCCGAGAGCAAGGCAACGCCGGGUUGACCACCGACGAGGUGGUGGAAGAAUGCAAGUUGUUCUACUUAGCAGGCCAAGAGACAACAGCCCUGUUGCUGACAUGGACGAUGGUGGUGCUGAGCAUGCAUCAAGAUUGGCAAGAACGAGCACGGCAGGAGGUUCUGCGUGUUUUCGGAAAGGAGAAGCCAACUUAUGAUGGAUUGAGCCACUUGAAGACCGUGACUAUGAUUCUCUACGAAGUGUUGCGGCUGUACCCGCCGACUCUAGGGUUUCAGCGACGGGUGUUGAAGAGUGUGAAGAUUGGGGGCGUGGUCUACCCGCCCGGCGUCAUGCUCUUAUUGUCCGUGAUCCGGAUGCACCACGACCCUGACUACUGGGGCAAAGACGUGGAGGAGUUCAAGCCGGAGAGAUUCGCGGAAGGCGUGUACAAGGCAUCGAAGAAGAACGCGUUCUUCCCCUUUGGCGGCGGCCACCGGGUCUGCAUCGGCCAGAACUUCUCUUUGCUGGAGGUCAAGUUGACGUUGUGCUCGAUCCUUCAACGCUUCUCGUUCGAGCUCUCGCCCGCGUACAUUCACGCACCGCACAUUGUUCUAGCCUUGAAGCCUCAACAUGGCGCUCCGAUCAGGUUGCGCAGGCUUUGA